AUGCCCCCGUCACAACUGCAGGAGCAGCUUCAAGAACCCGAGUCACAGACGAAGCGAGAGCCGAAUGAGCUGUCGAAUCGACAGAAGCGGCGGCGGCACCCGGCUGAUUUCCGCGUGGGUUCGCCCUUCGAGACAGAAGGUAACCAAGACGACGGUUCACCCUUCGAAAUGGAGGAUGACCAAGACGACGGUUCGCUCUUCGAGGAAGAGGAUGGACAAGGCGGGGAUGAGCUCCACCACUCAUACCGCAUUGUCACGAUUCCCAACUUGAAGAUCCCGUAUCACUGGAAGGACGAGGCCAAGAAUGUCCAGAUUGCCAUUGACACUCUCGAGCACAUCCUCAAGUCACAGGGGGGGAGUGCCCGACCUUCGAAAUCCCUGGGCUUCAUCGCUAAGAUUCGAAAGAAGUUCGGUCCAAAUCCUAUCCACCCUGACACCCUGCCCGGAAGUUUUGAUGGAAAAAUCCUUGGUUUUCAGAAUGCCUUGCGUCUACAUUAUACCCGCUGGUUCAAGGUAGUCGAGAUAGAUAGCCUGAUCGCGGAGCACUUUGGAUCCAGAUUCAUGUUUGACGAUCUAAAGAAUUACAAGAUUGUCCGCCGACGUGCCAUGCAGAUGAAGCAAGGUUGGAAACACGAGGCCAUGCUACGCUUCGAAAAACAUGUCUCCAACCUGAUCCAGAAACACCCAGAGUGCGACAUCAAGAGUAGCGCCGAUCCAGGAAUAUUGCGAGCCUUUUUUCGCGAUCAUUUCAACAUCGAUGAAGCCAGAUCAGUUUUCUGGUGGGCUCAUGACAUCAUCGAUCUCCCGAAAUCUUCCAAUGCUUGUAGGACCUUCAUUUUUGAAGUCUUCAUCAUUUUUUCGGUCCAAGUUAAACUGUAUCUCGACGAUCCGAAGGCCUACGACCGCGCCACGCUGAAUCGUGUCUGGGAUAAGCUCGGCGAUAUCCCUAGGUUCAAGGACCUUGGUAUCGACGGAUUCGCCCUGCGCCCUCUCGGAAUCAGCUCUCGUAAGCGGAAGAGGGAAGAGACUCCGUUGCGGGAGGACAUAUUCAAGGCCGUGGAGUACAAGGAGGGCGAUGAUCUUGGAGUUUACGAGGAUCCCGAUGAUGUGUGAGCUUGGGAGUAGACUGGGGUAGAUGAGAAUGUCGCGCUGUUGCAUGGGUUCUUUGCACUGGUCGUUCAUCAGAG